AGUUCGACUCGCGUCGAGUGCCUUCGGGAAGGUGCGGGAAAGGUGCGUGCUCUAACCUCAAAAUAGCGGCGGCAGUAAACAAUAUAAAUAGACGCUACUCGCGGGAUGAAUAAAGAUGGUCAAGCGUAACCGGAGAAGCGGACGCGUGUUCGGCGUGUUGCAGUAGCGUGAGUCCCAAGGUGUGUCCCACGAGAGAGAGAGAGAGAGAGAAUGAGCCACGUCGUGAUCGUGCGGGCCUUCAAGCCGGGCGACGAAACCGGCUGCAAGGAAUUGAUCAGGGACAGCGUGAUGUCCUCCCUGGGUGCCACGUUCUGCGGGAUGCUGUUCAAGGAGAUAACCUUCCAGCUGAUAAUCCUGCUGUCCGCUAUCAUGUUCAUCUUUUUCGGGAUGCCGCUGACCGUCUGCCUCUCGAUCGUGCCCGUGGUCGUGGUGCUCAUGUACGCCGGCACGUACGUCAGCUUCGCCACGAAACUGACGGAGAUCAACGCGGAGGUGAACAACAUUCCGAGGCUUUACAUGUCGAACGCCUUCUCCUGCUUCUGGGUCGCCGAGGCGUUCGAGCCUCACCUGAUGACGCGGCAUCCCAAGGAGGUUCGUUACACCAUAAUGACGGAGGAGCAGUUUCGCCAGGCCAACGUAAGCAUUUCCAUGCAGGCCAAGAAAAUAGUGGGGACUGUCGGUUUGUGCAAGAGUCACAGGUUAGACAGAAGCGCGUGGAUAAAGAGGCUGUGCGUGCACGAGCAAUACCAGAGGAAGGGCGUAGCCUCGUACCUGCUCAACGUCGCUGUACAAUUUGCGAUCGACGCCGGGUACAGCUGCGCUAAUGUAGUGUCUUCCGAAUACACCGAAGGGGGUAGAGAACUGUGCCUUAAGAAGGGAUUUGAGCUUAAGCAAAUGUACCACAAGUCCAUCCUGGGAUCGUAUAUAACGGUACUGAUGUACGAAUUAACGUACCGGAUCAAACCUACGGAGGACGAUUACUCGCCUAGGAUGGACUUCGAGAAAGAGUUUCUGAGUUACCAAUUUUAACGGUAUAUACUUUUUAAGUAGUAUCUUAAUUGAGACAAACGAAUCUCCUGAAAAAAAGAAACUAAUGAGACUGAUGAACUGACACCGUGUGUUCACCUCGUUAAUCAAAGUGCUCGAACCAAAUAGUGAUCUAACUGAUACGCUUAGUAUUGUCCAAAUUUUAUAUUGACUAACAAUGAUAGAAAGGGUGUUAUUUUUUACGAAAUGUUUGUUAGGUAUUCCAGAUAUUGUUAUACACAUUAUAGAAUUCUAUAAGUGACAUAUAAAACGGAUAUAAUAAUGAUAUAAAGAAAUAAAAAUAUAUUUUUCUCAUA